CAAUCCAAUCCCUUCCCCCCAAGGCCCGCCUGGCAGCUCGUCCUCUUCACCCUCCAAUCUCUUCGCCUUCCCGCCAUGGCCGCAGUUACAGCAGUGACAGCAGCUACCCUGCCUGCUUUGUGUAGCGCUUCACAACAUUUUCAGUCCGGCGCGAACGUUUGCCGGAGCGAUUCAGCCACAGCACGGCUUACGCUGCGGAGGAGACAGUUGGGGCAGCAACGUCCUGUAGUGCGGGCAGCUGCUAAGGGGGGAAAGGGCAAUGAGGAGGAUGAGGGGCCCAAGCUGAGCUCCGCGGAGAGGCUAGCGGCACUGGAGGAGAGGCUGGGGAAGGGCAAGAGCACCAUUUGGAGUGUCACACCAGAGCCUGAGCCGACACCCCCACCCAAGGCUGCAGAGCCUGUGUUUAAGAUGUCGGGUGAGCAGUCGGGGUUUGAGAGGCUGGUGCAGGCAUGGCUGGCGAAGGAGGGUGGCCUUGCCAAGCUCAACGAUUUCGCUUACAAGGCCAUCUUUGUGCUGGCUGGUGCUUGGAUCCUCUUCCGAUUUAUCGGGCCAGCCACUGGGUUGUAUUCCCUGGAAGACUCGCUCUUCGGUUGAGAACGGGCAAAACGGAUGAAAGCAUGGGAAACACCUGAGUGUUUGGGGAACAGUUUUGCAAGAACUUUUGUUUGUAGCUCAAUCAGAGUAGCUUUUGUAUGUUGCCUUUUUUAGUGCUAUGUGUAGAGAUUGAUGGAGAGGACGACUUCUUGAGUUGUAACAUCAGAAAUAUCAUGUGUAUGCUUGGGCUUGAAUGGAGGGGCACUAACAUCUACCAAAUCCUCCUGCAUAGUGACCUAGUCGCAACGAUCCAUAGCGGACUCAAAAGCUGCUUUGACGUGCUUCUACCCUCGUCUCUCCUAACCCACUACGGUCCCUCUCCCCGCUGUAUUCACUUGUCUCUAAAAGUAAGCGUAAGGAUCCGCUUCUCUCCGCUCGCCGUCGUCCUCUUCCUCGUCUCCCCUGGGACCUCUUCCGCUUCCUCCUCAGCGUCGCUUUCUCACCUCGGAAUCUCCGCCAGCUCAGUCUGUGACCGUCCGAUCGUCCGAUCGUCCGAUCGUCGUCAUUGCAUCAGGCGGCUGUAGCCGAUAGCCUGUGGCUGUAGCACCAGGCUGCUGCACUGGGUGGAGGCGCCUCAAACCAUGGCUUUAAAACCACCAGGCGGCAGCUCAAGCGACACUCCCGUCGUUCCGCCAUAGGCCUUGAUUUUGCAGGGUGUUUUUGAGAAUUCUCAAAAACACUCCCGUCGUUCCGCCAUAGGCCCACCCACCCGGCUUACUGUCGCCGCAAUUUGAUUUGUGUCUCCUCACGACAAUUUUUGGGUCGACUCAAAAGCUUACGACAAGGACGCCGAACGAGAGAGCGAGGAAUACUCGAGGAACACUCGGCACGGCAGUUCCUUGCACGAGCAACCUUUCAUCCGACCAUCCAUCCAACGGCCUCCUCUCUGCCCGAGUAUCCCCGAUUCCGAGUCGACUCAGUAGCCGAUAUCCUUUAUGCCCUACUACCCCCACCCCUCUCGCUUCUCGCCGCUCCUUCGCCCUCUCCUCUCCCCCUCACUCCGACCGCGGAUUCCGCCAACUCCCCAGCCACCCUCCCCGAAUCUCCCC